AUGGUGCAGGAAGUCGGCACCAUAGCCAGCACAGAAGACCUUCUUAUUCAAAUUCUUUUGCGCGUACCAGCUCGACCUCUGGUCCGAUUCAAAUGCGUCUCCAAGCAUUGGCUCUCUCUUAUCUCCGACCCCAAAUUCUGUCACCGCCACACCCUUCAGAACCCCAACUCCUCCAUCUCCGCUGUCUUUCCUAGGACAUCAGCAUACAUUGCCUUAUCUUUCAUCCCUCUUGAUCUUGAUCAUGACCUUAGAAGUAGCCAUGGAAACCAAAAUCUAUCUGGUUCACCCAACUGCAAUCCUCUUAACUUCGUUCAAAAUCAUGAGAUCAUGAUUAUCCAGUCCUGUAAUGGCCUCUUCUUAUGUUGUCCCCUCGCAAAAAGAAGUAAGCCACCAUACUAUGUUCUCAAUCCGACUACCAACCAGUUUUCCACACUUAAUCCUCCAGCUGCUGCUGCUACUUCUGGUCAACCAUGUUUGAUCCUCGGUCAGGCUUUGGCUUUUGACCCUUCCAAAUCACCUCAUUACAAGGUGCUCUUCCUUUGCAGAGAGAACUAUUACUCGGAUUUUCACAUAGAGAUAUAUUCGUCUGAGACUCAAAGUUGGAGACUUGUCGAUUCCUCUUUCAAUAUGGCACGUCAGGGUGUCCGCUACGAUGAAGGGGUAUACUGCAAUGGCGCAGUUCAUUGGGUAGGGUUGCAUAAAGAGCUCUCGUACUAUCACAUAGAUGAUGAGCGUGUCAGACAUGUUUUCGAGCCUGACAGACAUGUUUUUAGUCUUGGUCUCGAGCCAUUCGAAUGGUUUGAGUUUAGAACAUUGUGGCGGCCAUUUGCAUCUUAUUGA